AUGGAGGGUGAGAAGGUAUUUUUGAAAGUUUCUCCCACGAAGGAUGUGAUAAGGUUUGGAAGGAAGGGCAAGUUGAGUCCGAGGUUUAGUGGACCAUUUGAGGUGUUUCAAAGAGUUGGUAAGGUUGCUUAUAAGCUUGCUUUGCCUCCUAGUUUAUUGGUGGUACAUUUAGUAUUUCAUAUUUCUAUACUUCGAAAGUAUAAUAAAGAUAAGUUGUAUGAAUUGGACUUCGGGACAGUGCAUCUAGAUGAGAAAUUGGCCUAUGAAGAAGAGCCAGUAGCUAUUUUGGAUAGGCAAGUUUGGAAGUUGAUGUCAAAGGAGAUCAUUUUGGUGAGGGUUCUUUGGAAAAGGCAAUCAAACGAGGAGGCUACUUGGGAGGACGAGUCAGACAUGCAGAGCAGAUAUCCAUACUUUUUUAGUAGUUCAGUGAAUAGCAAUUACGAAGCCGUGCCUCGCGAUCGCAUUGAAGGAUUUGGCUGGGGGAGAUUUUGUGCUUCACAAUUGUGUGGAGGGGUUCACGAACGU